CUGUGGUUGGUCACGUGAUGUGAAAGAUAGCAGAUAUGGUGGUGCUGGGUUGAAGAGUAGCAAAAAAACGCGGCUGUAACCCCCCCUCGGACAAAAAGGUUCGUUCACUUCCCUUGUCACCUGCUCUUCCGCAGGGGCCGGGCCAAAAUGACGGCCUGAGACAAGUUCGGGACAGAGAACCCAACAAUGCAACAACAACAACAGCAGUUGAAGGCAGAAAACAGUAAAACCAAGACUAUGUUUCUGUCUCGGGCGCUGGAGAAGAUCCUGACGGAUCGGGAAGUAAAGAGGAGUCAACACAGCCAGCUGCGCAAAGCCUGUCAGGUGGCGCUGGAUGAAAUCAAGGCCGAGCUUGAGAAACAAAAGGAUGGCACAGUGGUUCCACCCAGAGCCAACUACAUUGAGGCUGACCAGUACGUGCUGCCUUUUGAAUUGGCUUGCCAAUCGAAGUCCCCCCGCAUAGUUAGCACCUCUUUGGACUGUCUGCAGAAACUAAUAGCGUACGGCCACAUAACAGGCAACGCUCCAGACAGCAGAAGCCCAGGCAAGAGGCUGAUUGACCGCUUGGUGGAAACGAUCUGCAACUGCUUCCAGGGCCCGCAAACUGACGAGGGAGUCCAGCUACAGAUCAUCAAGGCACUUCUGACAGCCGUGACCUCGCCACACAUUGAAAUUCACGAAGGCACAAUCCUCCUCACUGUCAGGACAUGUUACAAUAUCUACCUGGCCAGCCGGAACCUCAUCAACCAGACAACUGCCAAGGCCACGCUCACUCAGAUGCUCAAUGUCAUCUUCACGCGCAUGGAGAACCAAGCUGCUUUCGAGGCCCAGGAGCAAGAGAAGGACCGUCUACAUCUGCCCCAAAACAACCCCUCACCAGUCCCUUGUAGCCGGAGGUCUGGCUCCCCUCGGCUUGACCGUACACCCACCCCUGAGCCACAGAGUUCCCCAUCACCUGCAGCCAGUACUCCAGAUCUAAAUGCCACCAGUUCGACGUCACCACCUCCGCCUGAACUUGACCUAGACACACCCACAGUCAAUGGAGACUCAGAGAGCAGUAAUGUACCACGGAAUGGAACAGAAGAGGUCAUACUUUCUAGAGAUUCCGUUUUUGAAGAUGAAAGCAGUGAGGCCCCUCCAGAAGUCCAGGGCGCUGAAGAAGUCAACACAGAUCCAGAAGCUGCGACUGAAGAUGAAGGAGAACAGCCACCUCAUACUGAUGAGCCCCCUGUCCAGCACAUUUUUGAGCAAACACGAGUUGCUCUCCCUCAAGCCGGCGGCGAGGCACUACAGAUGAACGGCAUCAUCGAAGACCGUUCCUCUGUUUCUUCAGCGGAAAUGUUGGAUGCAGAGACACUCCAAGGACCCCACAGCGCCUCCCGGUUCUCUCAUAUCCUACAGAAAGAUGCCUUCCUGGUUUUUCGCUCAUUGUGCAAACUUUCAAUGAAACCCCUUGCAGAUGGACCCCCAGAUCCAAAGUCUCAUGAGUUGCGGUCCAAGAUUGUGUCACUGCAGUUGCUGCUGUCUGUGCUGCAAGGUGCAGGGCCAGUGUUCCGCACCCAUGAGAUGUUCGUCAAUGCCAUUAAGCAGUAUUUAUGUGUGGCGCUGUCAAAAAAUGGCGUCUCCUCAGUGCCUGAGGUGUUCGAGCUCUCGCUGGCUAUCUUCCUCACACUGCUGUCCCACUUCAAGGUCCACCUGAAGAUGCAAAUUGAGGUGUUUUUUCGGGAGAUUUUUCUCACCAUUUUGGAAACGUCAACAAGCUCCUUUGAGCACAAGUGGAUGGUCAUCCAGACAUUAACACGCAUUUGUGCAGAUGCCCAGUGUGUGGUCGACAUUUACGUGAACUACGACUGUGACCUCAAUGCUUCCAAUAUCUUUGAGCGCCUCGUCAACGACUUGUCCAAAAUAGCUAUGGGCAGGAGUGGCCAGGAGCUGGGCAUGACGCCUCUGCAGGAGCUUAGCCUACGUAAAAAGGGCCUGGAAUGUCUGGUGUCCAUCCUCAAAUGUAUGGUCGAGUGGAGCAAGGACAUGUAUGUCAACCCAAACCUACAAGCCAACCUUGGCCAGGAUCCCCCGUCUGAGAGCGAGAUGGCAGAGUUGAAGCUUCCAGAGCAGCUUACUGGACGUCGAGACAGCAUCAGCUCCUUGGACUCCACGGUCUCGGCCAGUGUCACGUCAUCUCAGCCAGACCACCCGGAGCAGUACGAAGUCAUUAAGCAACAGAAGGACAUUAUAGAGCAUGGCAUCGAACUGUUUAACAAAAAGCCAAAACGGGGUAUCCAAUACCUGCAGGACCAGGGAAUGUUGGGUUCCUCAGUUGACAACAUUGCACAGUUUCUUCACCAGGAGGACAGAUUGGACACAACCCAGGUGGGCGAGUUCCUAGGAGAGAACAUAAAGUUGAAUAAAGAGGUGAUGUACUGCUACGUUGACCAGCUGGACUUCUGCGGGCGGGACUUUGUCUCAGCCCUUAGAGCCUUUUUAGAAGGUUUUAGACUGCCGGGUGAAGCCCAGAAGAUUGACAGGCUCAUGGAGAAGUUUGCUGCUCGAUACCUCGAGUGCAACCAGGGACAAACUUUGUUUGCCAGUGCAGAUACGGCUUAUGUGCUAGCCUAUUCCAUCAUUAUGCUCACCACAGACCUGCAUAGUCCUCAGGUGAAAAACAAGAUGACAAAGGAGCAGUACAUCAAGAUGAACCGUGGUAUUAAUGACAGUAAGGAUCUGCCUGAGGAGUAUUUAUCCUCCAUAUAUGAUGAAAUUGCCGGUAAGAAGAUAGCCAUGAAAGAGAGCAAAGAGUUCUUAAUCACACCCAAGUCCACCAAGCAAAGUGUAGCCAGCGAAAAGCAGCGUCGCCUGUUGUACAACAUGGAGAUGGAGCAGAUGGCUAAAACUGCUAAGGCUCUGAUGGAGGCAGUGAGCCACGCUCAAGCCCCUUUCUUUAGCGCUACACACCUGGAGCAUGUCCGGCCCAUGUUUAAGCUGGCAUGGACCCCUUUGUUGGCAGCAUUUAGUGUUGGUCUCCAGGACUGUGAUGACCCAGAGGUGGCCUCACUAUGUCUGGAGGGCAUUCGGUGUGCCAUUAGGAUAGCCUGCAUCUUCACCAUGCAGCUAGAGCGAGAUGCCUAUGUCCAGGCCCUAGCCAGGUUCACCCUUCUAACAGCCAGCUCCAGCAUCACUGAGAUGAAACAAAAGAACAUUGACACCAUCAAGACCCUAAUUACUGUGGCACACACAGAUGGAAACUACCUGGGCAACUCCUGGCAUGAGAUCCUCAGGUGCAUUAGUCAACUGGAACUAGCUCAAUUGAUUGGCACUGGAGUGAAGACGCGCUACAUAUCAGGAGUGGUUAGAGACAAAGACACCACCAUCAAGGGCUUACCCUCUGGCACAGAGGAAUUCAUGCCCCUUGGACUCGCAGGUAACCUGGUGGGAAAUCAGGACAAGCGUCAAAUGGCUCACCUCCAAGAGUCAGUGGGAGAAACCAGCUCUCAGAGUGUUGUCGUAGCUGUUGACAGGAUCUUCACAGGUUCAACAAGACUGGAUGGAAAUGCGAUUGUGGACUUUGUGAGAUGGCUGUGCGCAGUUUCCAUGGACGAGCUGGCCUCGGCACAUCAGCCCAGAAUGUUCAGCCUGCAGAAGAUAGUGGAAAUCUCCUACUACAAUAUGAAUCGCAUCAGGCUGCAGUGGUCUCGAAUCUGGCAGGUCAUAGGGGACCACUUUAAUAAGGUUGGCUGUAACCCCAAUGAAGAUGUAGCCAUCUUUGCAGUGGACUCGCUGCGUCAGCUCUCCAUGAAAUUCUUGGAAAAAGGAGAGCUGGCCAACUUCCGCUUUCAGAAAGACUUUCUUAGGCCUUUUGAGCACAUCAUGAAAAAAAACAGAUCUCCCACAAUCAGAGACAUGGUGAUCAGGUGUGUUGCACAGAUGGUCAACUCCCAGGCAGCUAACAUCCGAUCAGGCUGGAAGAACAUCUUCUCCGUAUUUCACCAGGCAGCCUCUGACCAUGAUGAGUCCAUAGUGGAGCUUGCCUUUCAGACGAGCGGCCACAUCGUCAUGAAUACAUUCCGGGAGCAUUUUGCUGCUGCAAUUGAUUCCUUCCAAGAUGCGGUCAAGUGCCUGUCCGAGUUCGUGUGCAACGCAGCUUUCCCGGACACCAGCAUGGAGGCCAUUCGACUCAUCCGCCACUGUGCCAAAUACGUGUCAGAGAGACCACAGGCUCUGAGGGAGUACACUAGUGAUGACAUGAAUGUAGCCCCUGGGGAUCGAGUCUGGGUUCGCGGCUGGUUUCCCAUCCUGUUUGAGCUGUCUUGUAUCAUCAAUCGCUGCAAGUUGGAUGUGCGGACCAGAGGUCUUACAGUCAUGUUUGAAAUCAUGAAGAGUUAUGGGCACACUUUCGAGAAACACUGGUGGCACGACCUCUUCCGAAUCGUCUUCCGAAUUUUCGACAACAUGAAGCUGCCAGAGCAGCAGACAGAGAAAACCGAGUGGAUGACGACAACGUGCAACCACGCGCUCUACGCCAUCUGUGACGUGUUCACGCAGUUCUAUGAGCCUCUCAGUGAGAUCCUGUUGGCGGACAUUUUCACACAGCUCCAAUGGUGUGUCCGGCAAGAUAACGAACAGCUGGCUCGCUCGGGAACCAACUGCCUGGAGAACCUAGUGAUUCUAAACGGAGAGAAGUUCAGCCCCGAAGUGUGGAACUUAACUUGCUCGUGCAUGCUGGAGAUCUUCCAGAAUACCAGUCCUCAAGUCUUGUUGACGUGGCGACCUUCUGGGCAGGAUGAUGAAGCUGCUGACGCUAAACACUUGGAUGUUGACUUUGACACCCAGUCACAGAGCAGCUAUGACAGAGCUCUUUCAGAGAGAGGACACAGCCAAAUGUCGAGUGAUGACACCUGGAAGGGCAAGUCCAACGCUCGAGUUUCAGACCACAGGUUAUUUGCAGGCCUGCUCAUCAAAUGUGUGGUACAGUUGGAGCUAAUCCAAACCGUUGACAACAUCGUCUUCUUUCCGGCGACCAGCAAGAAAGAGGAUGCCGAGAACAUGGCUGCCGCCCAGCGAGAUGUUCUGGAAGAGCCGUCAGCCGAUGCAGUCGGUCCAGAGUCUGAUCAAGGGAUGUACAGACACAUGACCUCUGCUCACCUCUUCAAGCUGCUGGACUGUCUACUGGAGUCGCAUACUUUUGCAAAGGAGUUCAACUCCAAUAAUGAGCAAAGAACAGCCCUCUGGAGGGCAGGCUUCAAAGGGAAGUCCAAGCCCAACCUGUUGAAGCAGGAAACCAGCAGUCUAGCCUGCAGCUUGAGAAUUCUGUUCAGGAUGUACUCGGAUCCCCAGCUGCGCGACUCAUGGCCCGACAUACAAACACGUCUGCUACUGGUGUGUAGUGAAGCUCUGGCGUACUUCAUCAGUCUCACAUCUGAGAGUCAUAGAGAAGCUUGGAACAGUCUGCUGAUGCUGCUGCUCACCAGGACACUCAGGCUGCCUGAUGACAAGUUCAAGCCUCACGCCUCGUGCUACUUCUCCCCCCUGUGCGAGAUGAUGCAGUUUGAUCUGAUUCCCGAGCUGCGCGCCGUCCUGCGACGCUUCUUCCUGCGCAUCGGCUCUGCCUUCCAAAUAGCUGUACCAGGGGCGAUGGGGAGAGACGGCCCCUGAAAAUACCACCCCACCACGCACAACCCGCAUUUCGCUCAAUCAACCAUGCUUUUUUCUUCAUUUGUCUCACAGGAGGUGCUUUCUUUGACCAGCAAUCUGCUAACUUGUUAUUUGUCUCAUUCUGGUCAUGGCAGCGUCACACCAGGUGGUGUAAGUAUCUGUUAACUUAUUCAGUGCCAUAGAUGGCUAGGGACUUCCAAGUCAUCAGUUGGACUGGAGGGGCUGGCAGAUUGGACGUCCAUCGUCGUCUAUGGUAUUAAAUAAGUUAAAGGAACUUCAAGGACCUUCCACUUGCUCGCUCUGUUUUGGCCACCUGUGCCUGUUGGGAAAAGACCGUCUGUGAGUCAGCCGCCCUUACACUUUGCUGUCACACUGCAGUGUUCAGCAUUGGCUUGUUUACAACAGUGUUGAUCCCGCGUGUGCUAAUGCAUUCCAUUUGUGUGUUAAUGGAUUUAACCAUUGCUUCCCAUCUUUGCCUCAGUGAUUGCGUCAAAGGCAGCCGCGUCCCUCUUUUUUUGCACAUCUGUCAUGUUUUGUCCCAUAUGCAGUGUUUGUAAUUAUUUAAAGUGCAUUUAAAUAUUUUUUGGGAGAAUCGUUCCUUCCCCUGUAACAGUGGAUGUCUAAUUUUCUUCCCUAAAAACUAGGGAAUUUAUAAAUAUAUAUAAAUAUAUACAGUUAAUGAAAAAAUGCAGACUGUCACGUUUGCAAUGUAAGAUUCAAUGUAUGAUAUACCACGGAAAUGAAAAUGCGAUGAUUGUUAUGUUGUGAUGGUAUCUUUGAGCAUUUGAAGUUAUCAAUAAACUGGAAUUCUGAUCAGUUUAACAUGAAAACCAGUUUGUUACAACUGCUAAGCUCAGCCGUUAGCUAGAUAGUAUUGCUCAUUUCAGGGAGAAAUUUACAACAGCCUCAUGUUCUUUGAUAUUUCUUUGUUAUUUAGCUAGAUAGUAUUGCUCAUUUCAGGGAGAAAUUUACCUCAUUUGCCUCAUGUUCUUUGUUAUUAAGUCAAUGCUGUCAGACGGAGAAGUGACCCAGUGAUAUUUCAUGUUCAACAUUUUAUGGCAGCGUUGUAGCAAUUGUAAAUUGUCCUGAGAUAUUAAGAGCGGGUAUCCAUUUUCAACCUAUUUCUAGAAAAAUGGUAAAACAUUAAUUAUGUUGUCACUGUUAAGUAAUUGGCUACCAAUGGCAGAGAAAGAACAACCAGAGUUGCUUUUAAAAUGUAGAUUUUUUUUUCCCACUGACCACACAGUAACUUUGGUAUACAGUAUAACCACGUACAAGGCUGAAACACAUCAACAACCUUCCAACUGUUCUCACGGCUUGGAUGUUAGUUCAUAAUUAAAAUCUGUUGCCAUUGACGGCGCUACACGUUCAACGGAACAUGCCAUCCAUCCAUGGAUAUGAUGUCUAUAGCUGACAAUGGAGUUGACAGAAUAUCUUGUGUGAAAAUGACAAAAAAAAAGUUAAUUGAACGCAAACAAGCGCUCAAAAAAAAAAAAAAAAAAAAAAAAAAAAAAUCCAAAUAAAUAGAACAUGAAAGAGAUACGAAGGGUCAGUUGAUGACGCAAAAUCCCGUAACAAAGCGAUCAAUGACUUCAAACGGUGACGUAAAUCAGUCACUUUGGCGUUUAGCUCGUUCGGCAUCUCACUGCUUGCAUUACAACUUUUUGGAAUUCCAAUGCAUCACGACUUUAUAGCGGUCUACCUCUUUUGGAAUUAGACGGUCUGAACUGGUUUGUCAGCCUUGUGUAGGAUUUGGUUUCCGCCCCCUCAGUGUCCUCUGGACCCCGAAUGACCAUGUUGGUCUGAAGAAAGGAAGGCGCUGUGUGUAUGAGCGUUCACUUGAAGGGACCUGGAGUGAAGAGACAUAGC